CGCAAACCAACGUUCAAAAAGCGAUGCUGGCAACUGAGGAUCUCCCUUCUCAGCACCUGUUGCAUUGGAGCAGCUGAUAGAUUUCGACAGGCCGGCGUUUAAAAUGGUUGACAAUAGCAGUGAUGUUUUUAGCCUUCUCAAGAAGAUCUGCACCCUGCAGGAAGAAAGGGCAUAUACAUACAGAAUGUUCGAAGAGGGCCACAAGAUCUACCUGAGCACGGCGCCCAACUACGACUUCCCCACGUUCCGGGAGCUGGUGCGGGAGGUGACCCAGGAGUUCAAGCGCAUCUCGGAGGGGGUGAUGGACAUCGAGCGCCGCCUGCGCAUGGACUGUGCCGCCCCUCACCUGGCAGACUUUGUGGUGGCCCUGCAGGAAGAGGAGAAGGUCAAGCUCGAACUGACAGCCAAGCUGCAGCUGGCAAAACAGAACUUGCUUGAAAAUCCGGAAGAGCAGAACAACCAGACGGACGUAGUGUCCAUGAAACGCAGGUUAAACGAAGCAAUAGAACGGAUCAACGAAAACCUCGUCGAACUCAAGUACGAGAUGAACGACUUGUAAGCCGGAGGCUUGGGCUCUACAACUGCCCCGUCGUGAUUGGUCUCCCUUUACCACAUUCCUCAAGGACAUCAAAACAACUACUCUUGAGGCCUCGUCAUUUUCUACUCCCCCCCCCCGUUGAUACCCACUGCUGAAUCUCAGAUUGUGUGUAACUAGUUUGUCUUUGUUUGUAUGUGCCGGGAAAGUUUUCUCUUGUCUGCGCCUCUUCAGUGCCGGACAAUCAAGGGAGCAACGACCUGAAACCUAAGUGUUUUUUUUAAACAGUCUCCAUUUUUUUCUUUUUUUUAUGUUUUGACUGGUUGUAAGAGGAAGGUGGCAAUUCCUUGGCUUAUGGUGGGGUUGGAUGAAGUUGCAUGCGGUCCGAAACUACGGACGAGUAGGCAAUUCUGCAGAUUCUUUCGGCGUGCAUCGUUCAUCUCUGCCGAAGCGAUUUGUGAUAAAAUCUUUCCUUGCGAAAGGGACCGACGUGAGUGAUACAGCCCUGCCCGGAGAUUAGUUUUUAGUUUGUGCCGAACCGACGCUGAAAGUUUUUCUUCGUUCGCUGACGCUUUCGUGUCCGGGAACAAUGUCCUACUUGGACUAAAAAAAAAAACAACUGCCAACUCGGCGUUUUUUUCUCGUUACGUUUCAUAGACGCGUGUCAGAUGCUCCAAUGUGCAGGUGUCACAUUUUUUUUUUAUUUCUGAAACCGAGACACUUUACGAUGCUUCCGAGCCAAAUAAAGAAUGUCUGCAAUGGUG